CAACAGGCAUACUUUCACUUGCUUUCGUGGAAUACUUUCAAAGGAACGAAACACUUCUACAAAAAGGAAAUAUCAGCACAAUAGUCGGUAUUUAUAUUUAUUAAAACCUUUUUCCUUCUUUCAUUCAAUUCUGUUUAUAAAUUUAUUCCUGAAACUUCACGGUUAUUUCCAGCAUUCAAGUUUCCUUACUGAAGAUUUCAUACUAAAAAUCUGUCUGAAUCUAACAUCAUUCUAUGAAAAAAAUUGAUUCAAGAUACUUUUAGGAGUUAUAUUUAAGAAUGUCAAGCGACUUGCGGCAGGAACUUCAGCUACUAAAAACAUUUAACCAAGUGAUAGAAAAACUUACGGGAAGUCUGAAGAUAUCAUCAGAAAAACUUCAUUCUUUUGAAAAAUCCAUUCAGUCUGCUAAUCAGUUAGUAAACAUAUGGUCUUCGGUACAGGGCCAAACAGAUCACACGCAACAGUUACUAUCAAAUACGGACUGGAAGGGGCCUAUGCAAGAUCUUGAGGAGAUUGAGGUAUUACAGAAGGAAAAACUACAGCAAGAGCAGGAGUUGCAAAAGCAGCAGCAACUUCAAUUACAGCACCAACGAGAAUUAGAAGAGCAGGCUCGCAGAGAAAAAGAGGAAGCUUUGACAGCUCAAAAGAAACGCUCAAGUAUUUUUCGUGGAAGAAAUUCAAGAGUUCCUUCAUUUUCUUCUCGAAACCCAUCCUCCAUCCCCCCUCCUCGAACUUCUUCGUCUGGUGGUACAGGUCGUCCUUCCGUUUUGAACCCUUCUGCGAAUAGAAGAGUUAGCUCUUACUCUUCUGUUCCCAAAACUAGGUCUUCCGUGCCAAAUCGAGCCAUUUCUUCUUCAUAUCCCACUUCAUCCUCGGCACCCACUCCUCAUGAUCCUCAGGUCCCUCAAAGGACAUCGAGCGCUUCAAGACGUAGUUUAUUUCCUAAAAGUUCUUCACGUCUUCGUCCUCCGGUAAGAACUUCAUCAGCAUCCAUGACUGGUACGCGACGGCCUUCCGCCUUACCCAAAAGGCCAAACUCCAUAUUACGCUCGUCCACACAUUCAACAAAUACCCAGCGCAAUCACCCCAAUUGA